GGUUUUGAUUGCACAUGUGCUUAUAGGAAACUUUGUUAAUUUUGUUAUCUCUGUUGUCAACAUUAUGUUUAUAUUUUUUUGAUAUAUAUCUAAAUGCCAGGACAUUUAUGUACGGAUUGUUGAUGUCGCUUGUGAUUACACUGGACCUUUUGGACAUUGCGCAGGCGCCGUACAAUUUCUGUCGCCGUUUCGUCUGUGUGUCUAUCCAGCUGUAUUUAUCUCUGUUAAUAGAAGACACAGGUUGCAUUAGAUCAAAGAGAUAUAAUCUGAUUGGUUCAAGGGAGAACCAUACAAUGCUAUACUGUAAAAUGAUAGCGCUUCGUGAGGUUAUAUUUCGAACUCGUCUGAUGACACGAGCUCUUACAGGAUUUUCAAGUGAGUGGAAGGUUGUGGGUUCGAAUCCGAACCGCGCCAGCGCCGAGUUCGAGGAGAAUCAGAAUGCCAUGCGCAAACUGGUAUCAGAGCUGCGCAAUAACGUUCGCAUUAUCUGUGAGGGCGGGGGCAUUAAAGCCCGUGCAAGACACGAGUCUAAAGGAAAACUUCUUGUCAGACAGAGGAUAAACACGCUCCUCGAUCCGGGCUCAUUUUUCCUCGAAUUGUCCCAGUUUGCAGCAUGGGACAUGUACGGCGAAGACAGAAUUACGGGCGGCGGCCUCGUUACUGGAAUCGGACGAGUGUCGGGAAGGCAGGUGAUGAUUGUCGCUAACGACGCUACCGUUAAAGGAGGGACGUAUUAUCCUGAAGGAGUUAAAAAACAUUUACGAGCACAACAAAUCGCUCGAGAGUCAUGCCUUCCUUGCAUUUACCUCGUGGACUCGGGAGGAGCUUUUUUGCCUAAGCAAGCUGAAGUAUUUCCAGAUGCUACUCACUUUGGAAGGAUAUUCUAUAACCAGUCGACAAUGUCAGCUGACGGCGUUGCGCAGAUAGCCGUUGUCCUGGGUUCCUGUACAGCCGGAGGUGCAUAUGUGCCUGCGAUGAGCGACGAAGCCGUCAUCGUGAAGCGACAAGGAACCAUUUUUCUAGGAGGUCCACCACUGGUAAAGGCUGCCACUGGGGAGGACAUCUCUGCGGAAGACCUUGGAGGUGCCGAUUUACAUUGCAGACAGAGCGGCGUGACAGAUCAUUAUGCUUUGGACGAUACACACGCCUUGCAUAUAACCCGUCAACUCGUUGCUGAUCUUGGACAAACUCCCAGUGAGUCUUUAGACUUCAGUGGAGGUGCGGCUGAGCCUGUCUUCGACGUGAACGAUCUCUUCGGAAUUGUGGGAUCAAAUUUGAUGAAAACGUAUGACGUUCGAGAAGUGAUUUCGCGCGUUUUUGAUGGUUCCGAGUUUCACGAAUUUAAACAACUAUAUGGAGAGACACUUGUUACUGGAUUUGCUAAACUUUACGGACAAACGGUGGGGAUAUUGGCUAACAACGGUGUUCUUUUCCCAGACAGCGCGGUCAAGGGAGCUCAUUUCAUCGAAUUGUGCUCGCAACGAAGUAUCCCUCUUAUCUUUCUGCAGAAUAUUACAGGUUUUAUGGUGGGACGAGAUGCUGAAGCGGGAGGAAUUGCCAAGCAUGGAGCCAAACUCGUAACGGCUGUGUCCUGCGCACGCGUUCCCAAGCUAACGGUCCUCAUUGGAGGAUCGUACGGCGCAGGUAACUACGGGAUGUGUGGUCGCGCCUACGAACCUCGCUUCCUUUAUAUGUGGCCAAACGCACGUAUCUCCGUCAUGGGUGGGGAACAGGCUGCCGGCGUAUUGGCCCAAGUUCAGAAAGAUAUCCGUCUACGGGAAGGCAAGCCCGCUAUGAGUGCCGAAGAGGAGGCCGCUAUCAAGAAACCUAUAAUUGAAAAAUACGAAUUCGAAGGGAGCCCAUACUACUCGAGCGCUCGUCUGUGGGAUGAUGGAGUGAUUGAUCCGUGCGAUACCCGAAAGGUACUUGGCCUAUCGCUAAAUGCGGCUUUAAACAAGGAGAGGGUCCGAGAAAUGGAGCUGGUGCAAAAUAAAAGCCGUUUUGGAGUUUUCCGAAUGUAAAACUAGUCGCGUGCUUUCGAUGCUGCUAUGUGUGAGACGAAUAGGUCCGUCGAAGCUUAAAGCGAUUGACAUAUACGUGCAUUAGGGGGAAUAUGUACAUAGUAAUUAACGUUUUUAAUUUUAGCGAAUGCGACUAGUCCAAUACGUUAUUUGGGGCAAAGACGUAAUGCGUUGUAUGAGUCUCGACCAAUAUCUUUGCACAAGUACACUAUUAUUCAAUGCUAGUGAAUUAGCAAAUGAGACUUAAAACCAGCCCAAACCACUGUACGGUGAGUGCUAUUGGAAAUAAAAAUUCUCGAUCUUUAUAUUCUUCCUGGCCGUCUAUUUUGAAAAUUUCAUUCUAUCUGGUUAUCAUCAUCAUCGUCAUCGUGAUGUGAAGUAAACUCAUGAAGAGCUGCCAGGUUCCUUGAUUUGGGUUUUGUCAAAUUUCUGCAUCCGAAUACUACUGCACCAUAAUUGCCAUCCACGUUAAUGUCAUAUUUACCCGUGAUUUGUCAAUGAACACUGUGCUUUUUUAGAAGAUGCAACUCAAAAAUAGAAAGUCUACGAGAAAUGUUACUAAAAAUGGUUUAUUUAUAGACUUCUAAAAAUUGUAAUACAAGAAAAAUAUAAGUGGAAUUCCUUCAAUUACUAUUUUAUGCGAAGUGACAACUUUGUUUGCUAACAGAUAUAAAAGAAGUUAAUAUGUGGGUGAGAGUAAAAUUUAAUAGAUUGUAGUCAUUAAAACUAAUAAACUGUAAGCUUGCAAAGGG